AUGCGUCUAUUGACUGACACCAUGCGUCUACUGACUGACACCAUACGUCUAUUGACUGACACCAUACGUCUAUUGACUGACACCAUGCGUCUACUGACUGACACCAUACAUCUAUUGACUGACACCAUGCGUCUAUUGACUGACACCAUGCGUCUACUGACUGACACCAUACGUCUAUUGACUGACACCAUGCGUCUACUGACUGACACCAUACAUCUAUUGACUGACACCAUACGUCUAUUGACUGACACCAUGCGUCUACUGACUGACACCAUGCGUCUACUGACUGACACCAUGCGUCUACUGACUGACACCAUACAUCUAUUGACUGACACCAUACGUCUAUUGACUGACACCAUACGUCUAUUGACUGACACCAUGCGUCUAUUGACUGACACCAUACAUCUAUUGACUGACACCAUGCGUCUACUGACUGACACCAUGCGUCUACUGACUGACACCAUGCGUCUAUUGACUGACACCAUGCGUCUAUUGACUGACACCAUGCGUCUACUGACUGACACCAUGCGUCUAUUGACUGACACCAUGCGUCUACUGAAUGACACUAUGCGUCUAUUGACUGACACCAUGCGUCUAUUGACUGACACUAUCCUAAUGUUACAUUACUUCCUGUGA